AUGUCAAUCGUGUGCGCUUGUGUGCCUACCCUAAAGCCUUUCGCCGAAACCUACUUCCGUGGUAUUUUCUCGGGAAGCACACACGACUCAAAGCCUGGACAUUACUUCAGGACUGACGAGAGACUAACCGACCACAGCCGGAAAGGCUCUAACCUCGAUCCAUUCCGCACAGACAUUGAACUACACAGACACAAGAACAAGGCACAGGUCACAGCCAAUGUGGAGUCUGACACGGAUAGUAUGGACGAGAUUCUGGCUCACCGACCGUCAACUGUUGAGGAUCAUAUAGUGGAUGACAGGACCACGAACGGAAUUGUGGUAUCUCACUCGUACCAAGUCAGGACGACAGCUGAUCUUUGA